UCUUGCCUUAAAAAUGUGCCAUCUAGUAAUUUACUUGGUUUCUAUACAUUUUGAAUCAUAAAACAUUGUCCCCUUACAUCGAGAAGUCUCUUCCCUGGCCAAUUGUUCUCGUCAAUAGGUGACCUCCGAUCGAUGGCGAUCAGCUCGGCUCCUCUCUGAGACCAUCCCCUACAGCAACGAUAAGAAGCGAGUCCUGUCGAUGAUCAGCGACGUUCCUGCACUGGCAUUAAAAUGCCCCUGACAGCGUUUCUCUGGGUGAUCUUUCUGAGUCUUUCCGAAGUUACAGGACAUCUCUGCAGAAGCCCAUUACCUGCACCAAGUAAUGUGCACUUCUGGUCAGUCAAUCUGCAGAACGUUGUGCUCUGGGAGCUGCCUAGAGAGAAAAGAUGCAAGAUAUUGUUCAGUGUACAGUAUAAAAUAUAUGGAGAAAAAGAUUGGAAGAACAAAAAGGAAUGCCAGAACAUUACCAGAACAUACUGUGAUGUUUCAAAUGAGACAGCUGACAGUGAAGAAUAUUACUAUGCCAGAGUAAGAGCUAUUUCAAGAGCAGGAUUUUCAGAUUGGAAUAAAAGUGGAAGAUUCAAUCCAAAGGUGGAAACAAACAUCAGUUCUCCAAAAGUAGAAGUAAAAGUUGGGGUCUGUUCCAUCUCCAUUACUUUGACGGUUCCCAAAAAGUGGAAGACAAACAAUGAGCCUCGAGCUAUUUCACUGGCUAAAAUUUUUCAUGACUUAAAAUACAAUUUGACUGUUACCAAUAGAAAGACAAAUAAGUCGCUCAUUUUCCCUGACAGUGGUAAAUUCAAAAAAGUGGAUACCCUGGAGCAUGAUACCACAUAUUGUGUGACAGCUCAAACAGUGGAAUAUUCCUUUCACAGAAUAAGUGAACCAUCUGAGACUGUUUGUGCAACAACUCCAAAAGAUCCUGUGAAACAAAUGAUCAAAAUGAUCCUGCUUGGAUGUGUUCUACCAAUCUUUGUUUUCAUUUUUCUGUUCACGUUACUGGGCUGUUUCAUGUACAAAUAUGUGUACACCAGUGACCAGAAGCAACCUGUAAAUCUGCUACUACAGUAUCAGCCAUCAAAGACAUUCAUAUUUAUCCCACCUGAGCCUCUGAAGGUUAACGUUAUGGUUUUAGAAAAUACGGAUAAAAAAGCAUUGUCAAAUGGUUGCAUAGCUGCUGACAAUGGUGAUGCACCUUUAACCUCCCUAGUCAGCAGCAAGUCUGCCAAAGAAUGGAAUGGCCUACCUUUGUUAAUAAGCAACAGCAAAGUUGUAUACGAGCCUCAGGGUACGGAAAAGCCAACAACAAAAGAGUGUGCAAGUAGCAAUGAGAAUGUUGUGCAGGUUUCCUAUCAACCCCAACCAAAUAAUCACGGAGUUCAAUCCCAUCCCUCAAAUGGAAGGGAGACACAGAAUGUUGUUCAAUAUGGAAUCGUACUGGAGAACCUGAUUCAGCCUCAGCAGAAGCUAGACAUCCAGCUGCCAAGUGUGAAGUGUACAGAACUGCCACACGUUGGGUACAAAUCACAACUCCAAACACAGCCUCUGGACAAAAAUGCUACACAGCACAGUAUUGAUUAUAGUUUCAUUGGAGCAGGUUCCACUCGUGAUUUAUAUUGUAAGCAAGUUUUCCACAGUCCCGAUGGGGAGGAUGAGCCACAGCAGACUAUCUACACGUACUGUUCACAGGCAAGGAGUAAGAACACACAAACUAUAAUGAGUGAUACCAAUUGCAACAGAGUUGGAUCAUAUGGACCUAUUUGUCCGCAACAUGAUGUGCUUUACCUGCCAACAAUGCGCCAGGAACUAGAACAGUGUGAUUAUAUGUCACAAUUUCAAACACAGCUAUUAACUGGAAAGACUGUACUAGGUGAUGAUGACCAUUGUUCUAGUACAUUAGUUAGUAACUUCCACUUACUGAAUGAAGAACAGCAUGAUGAAGUUGAGGAGCCAGAUACAACAAUAUUAGAUUGGGAUAUCAAUACUGGAAGGUUGACCAUUUCAGAUUCAGAGAACAGUAUUUUUCUGAAACAUACUGCAGAGCCAGAGACUGAUCUUCUUUCUUCACUAUAUGCCAAAGAUCUUUCAGAUGAGCCAAUAGUGACUGAAGAAGAGAAUUACUUAUCACAGUUCCAAAAACAAUGGAAACUGCAUGUACAGGCAUAGCAAACGGUAAUCCUUUAUCACUGGAAACAUAUACAGAGGAACCUCGAUUAUCCGGCAUUCGAUUAUCCAGAUAUUGGAGUUUCCAGCAAGAUCGCAAG